UGCGCAGGAAAGGCUGGCUGUUGCGUUGCGGCGUUGUGAAGACGUGAUUUCUUGUAAAAGUUGCGUUGUUGGAGAAACGGGUCGACUCGUCGUGGAGCGGCUUUCGUGGAUUAGGACGAGCGUCGUUCCGAGGGCGGGUCACGGUGUGUGUGAGUAAACAGCAGCUCGGACUUGUUUCUCCAGCGCGGCCACUACUCGGCGUCUGAUAGCAUGGUGGCUAACUGUCGUUAGCCGUCCUUAUUCGGUGUGGCGGUUCAAGCGGAGGUUGGCGACUCGUGUAAUAGUGAAAUUAAGGCGCCGCGGACUGAAGGAAACUUGGAGGAAGUGAAGUCCUGACCGAACCGCGGGUCUUCUCCCCAGCUGAUCCCUCGGCAAGUUAGCUAGCCGGCUAACGGAGUGACCCGGGCUAAACAUCCACGUCUUCCACAAAGGGCACCGCGUGAGGAGGAGAUCCGGUACCGGUGGCGUAUUGCCGGAGCGGCCCGUAAACACCCGAGUCCCCAGAGCCGAACGGUGAGCCCGCCACACGACGAUGAACGGCUUCAGCACGGAGGAGGACAGCCACGACGGGCCGCCUGCGCCGCCCUUCUACGGGCAGAGCUGCUGUCUGAUCGAGGACGGGGAGCGCUGCGGCCGCUCGGCCGGGAACGCCUCCUUCAGCAAGAGGAUCCAGAAGAGCAUAUCGCAGAAAAAGCUGAAGCUGGACAUCGACAAAAGCGUGCGACAUCUCUACAUCUGUGACUUCCAUAAGAACUUCAUCCAGAGUGUUCGCAACAAGAGGAAGAGGAAGACUAGUGAUGAUGGUGGGGAAUCCCCUGACCAUGAUGUGGAGGUUCCUGAGGUGGACCUGUUCCAGCUGCAGGUGAACACACUUAGACGUUAUAAGAGACACUACAAGCUGCAGACGAGGCCCGGCCUAAACAAGGCCCAGCUGGCGGAGACUGUGAGUCGUCACUUCAGGAACAUUCCGGUGAACGAGAAGGAGACCUUGACCUAUUUUAUUUAUAUGGUGAAGAGCAGCAAGAGCCGUCUGGACCAGAAGGCAGACGGCAGCAAACAGCUGGACUAAACGUCACAGCAGCGACUUCCACAGAAACACACAACAGCAGUCCACAGCUACGGUUGUCAUCCGCUAUGUCAGCAUCAUCAAACACCACAGCCACCGCCAGUCCAACAAACAAUGCCCAUCAAGACAAGUAGCAGUCCAUCUGCACCCACCAGCCACAGCUACCACAACCCUCCACACAGUCGUCCUCAGCAGCAUACAGGCGUCAAGCACAAUAACAAAAAGCACUUUGACCAACACACAAGCAUCCAUCCUCUUCUAACCACCAUCUGUUCCUCCGCUGCCGGGCCGGGAAGGGGACCCCCGGGUUCUCUUAAAGGGAAGAGCAUGUCAGAACACCUCCAUCUCUUUGACUCUUCUUCCUUUAAAUGUGUUGCCCCUGUUGGUCCUCAUGACCCAGAUCCAGCAGAACUCACUCCGGCAGGUCUACCACACGAUGCAGUCGGGUGGCUCUCGGAGUCGUACGCAGCACCAGAAUUGUGGUCUUUAAGAACCGGUUUCAACAGAAAAACAAAUCCUAGUGUGGGGAUCUCUGAAUCGGUUGUUGGCUUUGAGGAGCACGUGUGCCAAACCGGAGUGAGUCUGUUGUAUCGUGAUGUUGUUUUGUUUGUUUGUUUGUCAGCUUGUUGAGUGGGUUGUUGGACAGAAAGUAGUACGUUGGUACAUCAGCCUAACACACUGAAGCUUGUGGUCGUCCACUCGGCACAGAAGAUGAACUGAACCCUUGGCGUACAGGGUGCCAGGCCCUGCUGUGACGGAGCGGGCGGUGGACCGUCUGCAGGCACGGCAGGACCUGUGCAGAACUCGGCUCUGCUGCCUGCCCACUCUCCUCCCACCUGCCUCACCGCGUGACCGCCGAUGCUGAAUGGUGUCGCGUUGACCUUUGAACCAGACCUUCCUUUUCUCAAGUCAGAAUAUAUAAACACAAAUGCCACAUAGCAGAGUUUCUUUUAGUCCGCGCCCGGAAAGGCUCGAUGACGACUUCACAACAGAUAUUUCCCUCUGCUGUGAAAUAUCUGUUGUGAAGGUGGACUUUCCAGCACCCCCCAGCCGAUUCUUCUGUGUCACCAGACUUGUGUUGUUUGCCUGCUUUUGUGUGUUUUUAGUUUUGUGCAGCUGAAUUCUAACCUAAGUGUGUGUCACAUUACUAGCACUAUUUGUAUUCCACUAUUUAAAGUCGGUGUUUCCUGUCACUGAAGCUGAUCUGAGUCAACAGCCUUCCACCUACGUGACCGGCCACUGGAGACCCCCCCCCCCCGCAGAAUCACCCUGGAGAUCCUGGGGGUCUUUGAAAGGUGUGUGUGUGUGGGGAGGGGGGGUUGUUUGUGUGUGUGUGUGUGUGUGGGGGGGGGGUCUCGGAACUUCCAACCGGUGGUUUAUAAUUAGAAACAAUACUGGGCAAAUUAAGUUAUGAACGUGUGUUUAGGUUUCAUUUUUACAAUCGGCUGCCCAACCCCACAAGCCCAGCACGUGCAGAUGUCUGCUAAUGUUCUAUCAACGCACCCGGUCCAACAUGUGAUUAUAGCGCCACCUGUGGAAUUGGCCCAACAGCUGAUCUGUUUGUUUUUCCAUCGUGCAGAGAAAUAUUUGUCAUGUUCUCUGAUUGACGGUCGUUACUUUUUUAUCUCCUCUUCCACUUUGGUCAAACCCUGUGGUUCAGUAGAGCACAGAUGAGAUGUGCUUCCACCGAAAACGACGGACAGUAUUUAGUUCGUCAGGGCUGAAGGUUGUCAUGGCGACAGAAUGUAAACUGGAAUGAAAUCAUGUGACAUGUUAAAUUAACAGACUGUUUUUGCUUGACCCAUCUUAUCCCAAACAGAAUUUGGCUGUGCAACACCACUGGGUGGGCCAUGUGAUGCUGUAGCAGCUAGCUACAGCUUCUGUAGCUAGCUGCUACAGAAGCUGUAGCUAGCUGCUACAGGCGCUGUAAUUAGCUGCUGCUACAGACACUGUGGCUAGCUGCUACAGAUGCUGUAGCUAGCUGCUACAUAUGUUUUAGCUAGCUGCUGCUGCUGAUGCUGUAGCUUACUGCUACAGAUGCUGUAGCUAGCUGCUGCUGCUGAUGCUGUAGCUUACUGCUACAGAUGCUGGGCUGCCUGUAGCAGCAGCUAGCUACAGCAUCAGCAGCGCAGCACCUGUAGCAGCAGCUAGCUACAGCAUCCGUAGCAGCAGCUAGCCACAGUAUUUAGCUGCUACUGCUGAACGUCUGUAGACGAGGCAAAGGUUGGAUUGAAUUCUAAUGUACUGUUGAAGUCUGCAGGUGAUGGAAUAUUGUUUUGUUUUGUUUGGUUUUUGGGGGGGAUCAAAAUCCCAAAUGGGAGCUUUGUCUGUUAGUACACAGGUGUGUAUGCAGCCCCGUUCCACAUCUUAUUUAACUUUGAUUUUCUUUUUCCCACCACACUGAGUUUGUGAUGACCUGAUUUUCAAGUGUCUGACAUAUUUUGGGUUUGGCUUGUAGGUUUGUUAGUGCCAAGUAGAAAUCCUCCUUAUCUGUUAACAUAUAGGCCACGUCGCAUUACUCUCUCUGUUGUAUUAGAAGUACAUAUUUAAAUAUGACUGCUUAUUGCUCCGAGUAAUAAAUGUAUUGUACA